UUGAAUACUAAGUAUGAAUAAUUAACAUGAUCAAUUCUCUUUCUCUCUAAUGACUGUCAGUUUAUCAAUAUUCCCAAUAUAUUAUAAUAUUUGAAACCUUGGAUUUUUAUACAAACCGAUCAACCAUUAAAUUUCACAUGUCGAAUCCAUCAUAUAUUGUAGACAUCAACACAUCCAAUGUAUCAAGAAGAAAAAAACAUACAAGAUCUUUAAUGUUCCUCCUCCAAGAAUCGUAUCUAAUCUUUCUUGCAGCAAAAUAAUUAAAACUAAUCUCCAGAAUAAUUAAUCUAUCCAUAAUCCAUCACACACACACACCACUACUAGUAGUCAUGUCUCAUCAGAAAGCAAGAAGUCAAAAGUAAUAACCAACGUGGCAAUCUCGUAAUUAAAUAGAAAAUCUGAGGGCAUUGCGUCGAUCUCUUUACUAUAUAAACCCUGUCCUGUCCGAAAACUCAAAUCCAUCUGCUUCAAUUUUCUCUUCCUUUCUUACACUUUCUCAUCGAACUCACAAACCGGAAUAAAAAUGGCUGGAGGCAUCGCAAAAUGCAGCAAGAUCCGACACAUCGUGAAGCUGAGACAGAUGCUCCGGCAAUGGAGGAACAAGGCGCGAAUGUCGUCUGCCAGACGCUGCGUACCGUCGGAUGUGCCGUCAGGAUACGUGGCGGUCUACGUUGGAAGCAGUCGCAGGAGAUUCGUGGUGCGCGCAACGCAUCUUAACCACCCGGUCCUCAAGAAUCUCUUGGUCAAGGCCGAAGAGGAGUUCGGUUUUGCUAACCACGGUCCGUUGGUUAUUCCAUGCGAAGAAUCGGUUUUCGAGGAAUCGAUCCGGUUAAUUAACCGGUCAUGUCGGUUCAACUGUACCGAUGACUUAAAGAAAACCCGCCACGGUGGCAGUAGGAGCAAGCUGGAUCUUUUGAUCGAAUCUCGGCCGUUGCUUCACGGUGUCUCCGAUAAGGCUACCAUCUGGUGAACGGGUAAUGUGAUUCGGGUCCAUGGUGACGGACACGCAGGAGAUGGCCGUGAAAGGUGGAUGAGUCGUCGUUCCACCUGUGUCGUCCCGGGUUCGAAUCCGAGUUUAAGAGAAUUGCGGUCUAGUUUUGGUAUUGGCUUGUAAAACUGAUUAAGCAAUUUCGAUUUCAUUUAUUUAUUCAUUUGUGAUUUAAUUUUGGUAUUGGCUGUACAAUAUAUACAGCAAUUUCCAUUUAUAUUGAUUUGUUCAUUGUUCAAACUUUUCCAAAUAAUUAAUGAUGUCUAACA